AAUUUCCUUCCGCAACAUCAUACUUCUUCUAUCUUUUAUGUUCUUCUCUUUUUGCCUUCUACUCUACAACUAAUGGCUUCUCCCAAUAUUGUCUCUUCUUCUCAAUCUUCUCUCUCUCCACCACCUGCAACUUCAAUACAACCAGCUUCUAUUAAUGGGGGAUAUGAGUCUGGGGAGAUUGAUUGGGAUAAUUUGGGAUUCAAGGUGACCCAAACAGAUUAUAUGUUCAUAGCAAAAAGCUCUUUAGAUGGAAAUUUUGAACAAGGACAAUUAAUUCCCUUUGGAAACAUCGAAUUGAGCCCCUCCGCUGGAAUUUUGAACUAUGGACAGGGUUUAAUUGAAGGCUCAAAAGCCUAUAGAAGAGAAGAUGGAGGCAUUUUCGUAUUUCGUCCACAAGAUGGAGCAAUCCGAAUGCAAAUUGGUGCUGAAAGAAUGUGUAUGCCUUGUCCUUCUGUAGAUCAAUUUGUGGAUGCCGUUAAGCAAACGGCUUUGGCUAAUAAACGUUGGAUUCCUCCGGCUGGCAAAGGGACACUUUAUAUUAGGCCUUUGCUUAUGGGAAGUGGAGCAGUACUUGGAGUGGCUCCAGCACCUGAAUACACAUUCCUUGCUUAUGCUUGCCCUGUUGGAAACUACUUGAAGGGUGCAACUGAGGCACUCUCUUUAUAUGUUGAGGAAGAAGUUCAUCGUGCUGUCUAUGGUGGAGCUGGUGGAGUCAAAAGCAUUACUAACUAUGCCCCGGUGAUGAAAGCCAUGAGGAAUGCAAAAAGGAAAGGAUUCACUGAUGUAUUGUACCUUGAUUCAGUAAAUAACAAAUAUAUUGAGGAGGCCUCCUCCUCUAAUAUUUUUCUAAUCAAGGGAAAAGUUAUUUUAACUCCAAAAGCUAGUGGGACGAUUCUUGAAGGAAUUACGAAGAAAAGUGUCAUUGACAUUGCACAUGACCUUGGCUACCAGGUUGAAGAACGUUCGAUUGAAGUUGAGGAAUUGAUUACAGCUGAAGAAGUGUUCUGUACAGGAACUGCACUUGGUGUUGCUCCUGUAGGAAGUGUUACUUACAAGGAUAAACGGAUUGAGUAUAAGAUAAGUUCAGAAAUAGUAAGCCAGCAAUUGAACACGAGGCUAGUAGGGAUUCAAAGAGGCACUAUUGAGGAUAAGAGGAAUUGGAUUGUUGAGGUUAAAUGAGCUUGGGUAAUAAGGUCCCAACAAAAUUUAAAUGUCUAAUUGAAAAUAAAUAACUACUUUGAAGGGUUUAUGUAUUGUCCUUGAUAAUAAAAAAGUCUGGGAGAAUGCUUUGCUUGUAAUAGCUAGUUUAUCCCGUGUCUACCACCCUAUCGAGUGAAAGUGAUGAGUUCAAGUUGUGUUCUACCAAUCUCA